AAAACUUAUUAUUAUUAUUAUUAGGCUUUUGAAGUAAUGUCUGAUUAAUUGACCGAGUUAGGGAAGUAGGAAAUGGCAUCGACACAAAGUUCGGUGUCAUCAACGCCUUUAGAAACACAUCCCAAGUUUCGUGUUGGCGUGCUGACAGUGAGUGAUUCCUGUCACACAGGAACUACAGUUGACAAAAGUGGACCAAAUUUGAAGAAGCUAACAAAUACACUCCUAAACAAUGGAUGUGUAACAGCCCAGGCAGUUGUUCCUGAUGAAGUGGAAGAAAUCAAGAAAAAGUUGGUGGAAUGGUGCGACAAGGACAAACUGAAUUUGAUUUUUACUACUGGAGGUACUGGGUUUGCACCAAGGGAUGUUACCCCUGAGGCAACAAGAAGUGUGAUAGAGAAAGAGGCAUUAGGUUUGUCUCUUGCAAUGUUGAAAUCAUCUCUGGAAGUCACACCUAUGGCUAUGUUGUCAAGACCAGUAUGUGGUAUAAGGGGAGGUACAGUGAUUAUCAACUUGCCUGGAAGUGCCAAAGGAUCAGAGGAGUGUUUUAGAUUUGUUCUCCCUGCCCUGCCUCAUGCCAUAAAUCUUGUUAGGGGAGAUAAGAAGCAGAUUAUUGAAACUCAUCAUGUUGUACAAGGAACAAAUGAAGCCUCUAACGAGCAGGAAAGUAGAAGAAAACAUUUGAAAGUUGAUCAUGUAAAUCCAGCCACAGUACAAACCAUAUCAAGUGAGUUAUUGAAAAAACGGAAACGAGGUAGACCUGUCAGUCAACCAACAGAGGUUAACUUACCAAAAGGAGGGAAGCAAAGAUGUAUUGAAACAGAAAGAGGGAAGAAAUUGAUUGAAGUGUUGGAUAGAAAGAAAGCUGUAACAGUUAAUGUUUUGGAUGAACAAAAACGCUUAAAAGUGUACACAGUUGUACCAGAUCAUGAAUCUGAACAGGCCACAAGCCUUCUUGCUCAACACGUUUCUGAAAUUGAGAAGAAAAAGGAGAUGUCAUUGUUUAACCCCAGAAUUUGCAAGGCUGGAGCUAACGUUGAAUACGGCAAGACAGACAGUGGGAGAAAUAUUACUAGUAAACACUGUAAUAAGGAAAUAAUGAAAAAUAUUAAAAAUGUUCCAGUUAAUGCGACAACACAGCCUAAAGACAAGGAUGCUGAUAGUAUAUGCAAAGACAAUACAUUUGAUGGUCAUGAAAACAAUACAAAUAGGAGAAAAACUGUUAGAGGGAAUCAAUUUCAUGAACUAAUUACACAUGGAUAUGACGCAUCAAUAAAUACAUAUGAACAUAUUGACAGUCUAGAAAAUGAGCUGGAAGAGAUAAAUGAUUUUGAUGAAAGAGAAGAUAGUGAUAAUGAUACUGAAAAUCUUACUGAGAUCAAUAGUCCCAUACAGACAAAAACUGUAUUAGACGAAGCUAUGAGAAGUGAAUCAGGGGAUUCAGAGGCUAAUGAUGAAAUGGAGUCGUAUGCCAAAAUUUUAUGUGAAAUAAGAGAAGGAAAAAGACCUGUUCGCAAACAUAAGGGACCUUUACGCUAUAAUGAAGAUUAUGUUGGAAAAGAAGGUGCAGAUACUUUAAUACUUAAGAAAAACUUUGUAAAGAAUAAGAAAACAUGUCAGUUAGAGAAAGAAAAAAUUGGAUCAACAAGUGAAGAUUGUUACAACAAAGACAGUGAUGAAGUAAUGAGAGUUUCGUCCAUUCCACCAAAGUAUAGAUAUAAGGUAGUGACAUCAAGUCUGCCUACAGUGAUAAGUAAGACUGUCAGUGUGAAUACAGAUAUUGAAAAUGAUCAGUUGAUAAAAGCGAAUCCUGUUAUUAACAAAAAAGCAAAGAUUCACGCAAGAGACGCUGAAGUCUGCUUUGCACAGGUAGGGAAAAGUGCAAAGAUUUGGACACAGGAACAUCCACAGAUUAGAGGUAUUUACUUAAACAAAGGUAAACGUGAGGUGAAGAGAAACAUUGUCUCCCUCAAGCGUCUACCAACUGCUGUAGACAAGGGAAGUUACAUGAGGAAUGGGAGAAUUAAUGACAAAAACAGAAUUGAUGAUGGCUUUGUUUUUACCAAGGAAGGGCAAAGACGGAGAGAUUUGUUUGAAGAGGGAAAAAUAAGGGACGAGUAUGUAGUGAACUGGUAUAUGUGGUGUCCUGGCCAUGGCAAUUGUAAAAGGAAAUGUGGUGGAUUUGGAAAAUGUGAAGAAGGUUGCCCUGGUAAUAGGCAUAAACAGGAUCGUCAUAAUUGUUCUCUAAUGAUUAAUUGGAAGCUUUAUUUGAGUGACCUUGAGAAAUGGAGGAUUCAAAUCACCGGGUCUCAUGUACCAUUCGAUACAGUUUGGAGACUACCGUAUGGAGAGAAGGAAAGAUUUGAUGAAGAUACUCGAGAUUUGAUUUUAGAAUUUGCACAAAAGUCGACCAAUGAUGUUGAGAUUAAAGAACUAAUUGCACAGAAACAAAAAUUUGCAUCUCCAAGAGCUAUCCCAUCAUGCAAGAGGAUAAAGAGAUUUAGGAAAAAUAGGCUUUAUAGAGAAAUGGUUAAAAUUCAGAAUGUUAAAGACAAUGAGUCCAAUGAUAAAAAUGAAUGUACAAAGAAAGGCGAAGUGAACAAAAAUUCAAUGUCUUUAGUGGUUGUUGAACCAAUGAGUAAUAACUCUGAUACAGUGCCGUAUUGUCAGGAUGAUCAGUUUAACAAUUCUACGGAUGAUCAGAUCAGUGUAGAAAGUGUACAUGAAGGACAGUGGGAGGCUGAAACAGGAACAGUAAUUAGUAAAGAUAGCCAAGUCGUGUCUUAUUAUGAUGGAACACAAAUUUCCGGAAAUAUUUUUUCAGACUCAAACAGUGUAGGUCAAGUUGAUCCAAGUUUGUUGCAGCAGGCUUUUGCCAACCAUACUAUUGUUCAGGCAUUUAGAUCACCAAAGGUAGAUCAACAAGGAAUACCUGUAGAAGUCAUAAGUUCCGACACUUCUUCUCAGGUACAUUAUGUUGCUGUAAAUGCUUCAAACAGUUUGCCAGAAUGUGGAUCAGACAUGGAAUUGAUUGCAGGUCAGAUUUCACAAGGGACACCUGUAGAAUCAGUUCACUCACUUCCACAGGUUCAAGCAGUAAUGAAUGCUGUUAUAGUAGGCGGCGAUUCCAAUAUGCAGCAAUGUUAUGGUAGUAUUGGAGAUAUAGCGUAUAUCGUAUGCUCGCAAGAUCCAGCUAUGCAAGGACAAUGAAUAGCAUGAGACUUUAACAUAACCUUUCAAGGUUUUUGUAUCUUCAAAAUCAACGUACUAAAAGUGUGACUUAUAAAUACCAUAUUUUAAUGACGUGCAAAAAGUAGUGAAUGUAUGUGUACAUGUAUGUAUGUUUGUAACAUAACCUUUCUAAAACCUUUUCAAGAUGGAUUUAGAAAUUACUCAAUAGAGUUAUUUAACCAUUAUAACAAAAAUGUGUCCGAUUUAAAACUCAGAUACAAAUGCACUUAGACCUAAAGAGGAAGUCAAAGACCAUACCAUUGUCUGGUCUGUGACGGAUUACAUAAAAAAUGAUGACAAAAAUGAUGAAUCAUCGAGGGAAGGAAUGCCAGUUUCUAACUGCCAUAACUUAUUGAUGGAUUUGUCUGGUUUCUAAGGUCAGCGUGAUACUUCUAGGUCUUUUAAGUCAUUAACAGUAUCUAUAUUUCCCAGUUUUAGUCACAUUAUGUCAAUUUAUUCAAUUGCAAUUUUUCCCGAUUGACCCUUAUUAUUUCGUAGGGGCAUCCAGGUUAACGAACACAAAUGUUGUUUCAUAUAUGCACGGAUUUAUAUUACAAUAUAAAUCCGUGAUACAUGUAAACAAUAUCAGUCUUUUCAAUAUGUUAGCUGUGAAUUAAAAAAGAAGUAUUGAGUUUUGAUUUGAUAAUGAAAAAUGAAAUGUAUAUACAGAUGAUGAUUUCAUUAACAGCUGGAAGUUUAAUUGAUUUAACAUUGAGCAAUGAAAAAGAUUCGUCAGACAUGAGCGUUUGCUGUAAAACUGUUGUACAUGUACAUAAAUUAGAAUGAAAAAUAUAACGAAUUAAAUUAUUUAUUAACACCUAUUUUUCAAGGAGUGUAAUUAUUUUGCGAUUUACACUCCAAUUUUGGAGGAUAAUGAAAUAUAAUAAAAUAAUAAUGCACAUUUUACAGUAGGAUUUGAUUUAUAUAAUAAAGAGUGUGUAUACCUGUAUAUUCUCUAUAUAUUGUAUGUACAUGCCAUAGGGAUGAAAAUCAUUUGAUCGAAACAAAUUUUUUAAAUGAUAAUAAAACUGAAUAAUAUACAUGCAUGACUAUUAAGUUAUAUUGAGAAAUUGAUAUGUUGAUUCUUAUUGUUAAUGCUAUAUGUGUAAUUUAUGACAGAACAACUUUUGUAUUUUUGUAUAAGAUUUUAUAAUGUUGGCUUCUUAUUUACGAUUUGGAUUAAACAAAUCUGAAACCUUGAAAUAAUUUCUGUUAUUUAGA